UUUUUCAGCGUUUCUACAAAUGUUACCGUGGCCCGAGGGGAUCGGUCUGGGCAGCAGGGGCACGAGGAAGAUGAGGAUCCGCUUCCAAUGUCCGCGCUGCCGCAAGAGCUACUCCACGAAGAGCGCCGUCACGGCCCACUACAAGUACGACUGCGGCAAGCCGCCGCGCUUCGAGUGCCCCUACUGCGGCAUGCUUAGCAAAAAGAAGUUCAAUGUGCAGGACCACAUCAGGCACAAGCACCCGUCCAAGUUGGUCGUCUGCAACACGCUCUUCUAGGACAAGCCGCGCGGCCGCGCACGGCACGCGCGAUU